CGAAAAAACAAAAAUACUGUGUCAUACUGAAAUUAAUUCCCUGAUAAGAUACUACCACAAGCAGUGUGCUCAAUUUUUUUCAAAUUUUCCGUAGAACUGCGUCACCGUAAAAAAAAAUUAGAAUGUUUGUCGACGUUUUUGCUGUGAGGAAGAAAGUUAUUACUUGUUAGGUUUACCGCAAGUAUAGAUUAAGUAAUUCUAAUAAAGGUUAUUUUUACGUAAACGUAAUUUUUAACGCAAUUUUUUAACCUAGAAAAUGCGAUUCAAGAGAAAAAAAAAUUGCGAUGUGGAUAUUGCGAUAUACAUAUAUCUAAACAUUCAUGCAUAUUUCAACAUCUUCGGUUAGCGGAGUUGCACAGAUUUUGCACAGAUGAGUUUUUCUUGGUCAGCUAUCGAACGGUAUAAUACUCAAUAAAAUUUAGGAAUACAGUAAAUUGUCUUCAAUUGUCCCAGAGCUAGUAUACAAAAGGGACAAUUUGGCAAGAGGAGGCUCGAAUAAUCGUAUCUCCCCUUCCCGAAUUGUCCAUUUUUUGUUUAUAAGCCGAGGGACAAUUGCUGAGAAUUUAUUGUAUUCUUAUAAACGCACUCUUAGAACUCAACGGUGAAACAGUUGUGACUAAAAAAUCUCGCUAAUACGUCGCGAUUUCGAUGUCAGAAUAUCGCAAAAGGAUUUUACCAUGCCCGGGAUUGCAGAACGAUCCGUCGUGCGAAACGAAAACCAGAAAUCAAACGAGAAUUCCUUCGUCGAUACCGCGAAUUAUUUACCAAUGACGAACGCCGCUGAAACGUCAAAGCGUUAACGCAGGUUGCGCGAACACUUGUUUCGCACGAUCUCGUCCACAUUUCCUGGCAAAUUGACCGCCGCGGGGUCUGCGAGGGGAUCGCUGAAAGAGGGCUCUUCCCGAGAAGAGAAAAUCGGGAAAAAGGCGGGGGUCCGCGCGGGUGGAGGUCAGAGGACCCGGGACAAAGGAAGUCCAGGAGCCGUCGACGAGGAAAACCGAAGAGGAACCGGUCGCUACACAUUUCUUCGAGCAGAAACUGUCUCCCGGGAGAAACGAAGGAGAAAGAGAAAGCACCGGAGAUAGCAUCGGGUCACAUAGAAGGAAGAUGACCAGGCCAGACGGAGCGCCGCGAGAGGGUUACGCGGAAAAAUUUCGCGAGGGAGAUAGAGAGAGGAAGGAUCGUCGAAACAGAAAGGAGACGCGGAUAGAGGAUGGCCGAGGGGAGGACGACGAAGGUGAGAGAGUGGGUGUGAGGAUGGUAAAAGGUAAGCAGCGCGUGAAGCGCGUGCGCUGGUGGCGGCUAGGAUCGCCCGAUGCACCUAGCGCGCGGUUAGGGGGCUAUCGCAAGGGGUUAGGGGACAGGGGCAGCAGCGGCGGCGGCGGCAGCGGCGGCAGGCUGAGAGGAGCGGUUUAACAUCAGAGGGAGGAUCAGGGAGAACGAGGAAGCGAGAAAGCGAGGAAGUGAGCGGGUACGUGGACAGGAAGAGGAGAGGACGAUCCGCCCGUGAAUGGGAGAGAGGGACAAAGGUAGCGGAGCCGUGAUAGUCUGAUAGACGAGGAGGCGAGGAUCGAGAGAUCCUUGCGCGGCUAUGAGGUUUGCAUGCCUAGCCGACGGCUCCUCAGUAUCGUCGUACGUCUCAUUCGCGACGCGACGCAACACGACGCCGGCCCUUCGACUUUUGUCUCUCAUCCUGGCUCGUUAUCCUCUCUCUUUCUCUCGCUCUCCCUCUCUUGCUCUCUCUCUCUCUCUCUCUCUCUCUCUCUCUCUCCCUGUGUUUCUAUCUGAUGCGCCGGUACUUACCUGCCGGUAUCCUGUGCGCUACUCUCGCACCUGUACGACACACGUUCCGUGCGCCGGCCACGGGUUCACGCGGUCAGUGAUACGUUAGAGCACCCAGAGCUUCCUCCGACGGUCACGGGUGAUGUGCGAUUUUUCGUAUUGUUGAGCCAGCCAGAAACACGAGGAAGUUCGGGGUGGCGAGCCGAUCCUGCGGUCCACAUCUUUACCAUCCAAAAUCAUGAACACGAACCUGUCAACGAUGGCAUACUUUGAGAUAGUAAUAUUUUUGUGUUCAGUGAUUAGUUUUGUUCCCAGCUGCUGCAAAACCGAGUCAGAGAACAGCAACAAAAGGGCGAGUUUGCCGAAGUUCCUAACCGAGCUGGACCUCUCGAGCGUGGAAGGAUCGUCGGAGAGCAGCGAGUCGUUCAGAAAAAUCGUGAAAAGACUGGCGCCGGAGAAGAAUGGCGAGUACCAAGUUUACCAAGUCUUCUUCGGCAACCCGGAUCUUCUCAAGGAAUGGCUCAAAGGAGCGGGCGUGACAGGGCAACCUGGGGUCGACUUCCCAGCUCUCACGACGAUUCCCGCCACUUCGUUCAGCUGUCGCGGUCUGAAAGGUGGUUACUACGCGGAUCUGGAGACAAAUUGUCAAGUGUUCCACAUCUGCGACAACGGGCGGAAGAUAUCGUUCCUCUGCCCGAACGGCACCAUCUUCCAGCAGUCGCAGCUGAUUUGCGAUUGGUGGUUCAAGGUGGACUGCAGCAAGUCCGCAGAGUUGUAUGAACAAAGCAGCGAGCAGUUGCUCGAGGAGGAACGAAGGCGAGCAGAAUCAAGGAAAACGAAAUUGGAGUACCAGCAAUCGAUCGAGGCCGGUGGCCAGCAGGAUUACUUCGACGUCCAGAAUCUCAGCUAUGACGGGAAGCAGAACGGCCGGAUAAAGACGUACGAGGAGCCGCCCCUGGAGAACCAGAUGCAGGAAAGGAUAAAGACGUCCAGGUUUUUCGACGGUGGCAACAACUUCGGCCAAGAAAACGGCCAGAGGGACAACAACCAGUUCGUCGGGAACGGUGGGUUCCAAAACGGCCAGGUCCCCAGCACGAAGCCGCCUUUGAACCAGUUCACCAGGAACACCGACGAAGGGAACGUGAACAAAUUCUCGACGACCAGUCAGGACUAUUACAGCACCCCCAAGAAGGCACAGAAUUAUCACGCGACCAGCCGGAACUCGAAUAACCAGGAGAAAGGGGCGCUGAAAAGGUUGAAGUUCAAAAGUCAGACUCGGAAUAGUACCGCGUCUACUCUCGCUCAGAGAGUCACCCCGUCUUACACAGAGUCAACAACCUUCAGAGCCAGCAGCCCGAGCUCGAUCAAGGAAUCGCAGCAAUUCGCGGAGAGCGCCGCUUUCGUUGGUAAUCGCGGCAACAGGUUCGUCGACACCAAUGGGAACUCGCAUCAGUAUUACUACCAGCUGUACGUCAAUCGUGAGACCACCGCCAGAAACGCGGAGUACGAAUCCACCACAGUCACGACCGAUAGAAACGAUGCGACCACGCAGAGGAACGACUUCUCAUUCACAGACGCAACGUCGACCCCUUACUAUGAAACGACGACGCCAUAUUUCACGACCACCGUGUCGCCGCCUUGCAACGACGAGACCACCACGGAAGGUGCGACGACCAAUCCUCCGGCCACCACGGAGACCCUGCAGUUCGCCGACAGUAGCUACGACUUCGGGGGCAACUUCAAGAACUCGGAGUCGAGGAGCACCUUCUCCGAUCCUAAUUAUUACAACAACGCCGACAACAGGAACUCGAAUGGUCGAACAGACGCGAGCAACGAGGGCUCGUACGCUCCCUCGACGACCCGGUCCCAGGCAAUCACGGAUAGCUACCGUCAGAAUACUGUCACGUCCAACUAUGACAGCCAGACGUUCACCGCGAGCAGUUUUCCGCCAGCCGCCAGCUCGCCGUCCCGCGGCGUCAAUUUUGGACGAGGCACGGAGGGGCCGACGACGCGUUACGACAAUCAAUAUAGCAGGUCGCCGAACAAAAACCCGUCCACAGCUUCGCCAGGCUAUCGACAAAACUUCAUCAGCUCGAGCACCGAGAAACCAUAUAGAACCACUCCAACCUACCAACAGAACACCGUCACGGAGAAGGACUUGAGUCCCUACGACAGGAGCUUCACGUACAAGCAAGGAAAGGUGAUGUCCACUUUGGGCCCGUACGUGCCCUUCACCAGGAACUAUGCCAGCAGCGGCGCAUCCACGACGAAGCCCACACCGUACACACCUACGAUACCCACUUAUACCUCGGCGAAGACUCUGAUUCCCAAACUGAAGUAUCCCGCGCCAACCUCUUUGAGCAAACUUAAGUCGACCCGUUUCUCCGAGAGGGAGCACGCGCUGAGUAUGCUUCACUCGUUGAAGAACCUGGAGAACAACGUGCCUGGCCUCACCGAGUCCCCUAAGGCGAUCGAAAAAGUCUCUAACAGGUCUGGAGCACCCGCGCCGUCCACUUUGCACUCGUUGGCUUUGUACUUCUCCACGGCUACAGAGAACUUCGACUCCAACGAGCCUACCGACUCUUCGAUCAGCGCGGAGUCCGAAGAGGACGCCGAGAAGAUAGUUUCGAAGAAGAGCAACGGGACUGUGCAGGUGCCCAGCACCCUUUUGACACAGCACACUAUUGAUUCCUACUCCGAUUUGUUCAAAUUGAACGAUGCUUUCGAGAACAAUGUGACAACGGAGGAUCACUUGGACAACUCCAGCUACGGCGAGGAUUACAACGAAGACCUGGAGCUGCAGCAGAGCGGAGGGUCCCUGGAUGAUCUCAGGAGGUCGAAUAGCACCAGGCUUCGGGAGAUCGCGCAGGUCUUCACGCACGCUUUGUCCGCUUACCUCCUCGAUCCGGACACCUUCAAGAGAGUGCUCACCGAGAUCAGGCCCACAGAGCCGCCGAGGACGACGCUUGACUUUGACCAAUUUAAGACCACGACGGACUCGGAUCUGUCGGAUUACACGUCGUCUAUCAGAGAGAAGGACGAGGUCCUCGACUUCUCCGACGACGGGAACGACAUCAGGCAGAAGCUGACCACCGUGUACCCCACCACCUUCGAACCACCCACAACUGUUCCGGAUAACGUCUACGAUAUCUUGAGCACUCAGCCGAGCUCUUAUUACACUACUCCCAGACCGUCCAGCCAAGAGACUUACGAACCGAGUACCAACUUCGUUACAAACUCGGUGACGAAUGAUUAUUACGAGACCUCUGUACCUCCGACAGAGAGUACCGUAACCGCAGAGCAAGGUAGCACGGUGUACACGAGCGGUUCAAGCGGAUUUUAUAAUCGCGAGAAAGAAACGAGGGACAGUGACAGAACACAGGUGACGGACAAUUACGUUUGCACGGAGUGUACGGGCGACGUUCAGAAUCAGAAUAAAGUUGGUGGUUUUCAGAAUAACAGCGUCAGCAUCGUCACAGAGCCCUACAGGGAGGCAAAGUCGCUCGUUACGACUCCCAUAAGCGAUAACUUCGUUGUUUCGCCGACUCCCUCGCCGCCGUCUUCGCUGACACACAUGGUUACGCACAAUUGGAACAAAAGGCCCACCAGCAGGAAACCGGAACAACAGUUGACACCACCGUUUUACGAAAGUUACGCGGAAGUCGUUCGAAAAGAGAACGAGAGAGCAGCUCUGAACCCUGAGAGCUAUUCGAGCACCCCUAUGUCCGUUCAGCAUGUCCGCGCCACGACUUCCGGCUUUUCAACGAACAAUUAUGAAACUCCCGACGAUCACUCAUUCAGAUCACACUUGCAUAAAUCGGAGCAAGGACUUCCGUUCCCAACGUCACGGACCAGCUACACGAAGUUCAGGACAGCGUAUAACAGCAUCGAGUCGACCGAAAGGCUAACGUCGACGCCUAGAUCAACGACGGAAGUGACGACCCCGACGACCAUCGUAGAGACCACACCUUGCACUCAUACCGAGUCGCAGACCGACUCGUUCGAGACUACAGAGCCGAAAGAAAACACGAAGGCUCUGAACAACGAUCAUUGGACCUCUUCUCCAGCGGUUACUCAUCUCUGGGAGACCUCGGUCUUCGUAGACCCUCAGCGCAUCAAUCACGGUUUGGAGUCAGAUAUCGGCACAACGGUGCCCUCGGUCACGGACAUCGUGGCUGGAAGUCAGGAAAGUUCGGAGUAUGGUAAUACGUUCUUGCGGGACGAGUCAGGCAGCACCGAAGAGUCUUCUAGCAACGAGACCGACCAGCCACCAGCCCCGCAAAGACACUCGAGGAACAAAGACACGCCUACGAGCUUCUCUCUGCUCCCCACGACCUCCGCUAUUGAGAUCACGAUGACUCCGAAGCCUUUGAUCACAACACGAUCUAGUAUCACCACGACAAUAACGUCGUCGAUCACGUCCACCAAUUCUCUGCCUCAAGAGACCUUGGUGACAUCGUUGCUGCCGUACACGACGAUACCAAACGCGAACACCACCGAGAACGAGAUCGCUGAGAACCUCUUCGGCAAGUUGAAUGCUACCAGCAGUAACACUCUGAUGAGAGUCAUGAAGCAAGCGGACAACAACGAGACUGUUAGGCAGCUGGUCUUAUUGCUUGUACGCCAUUGCAAGGAUCCGGUGAACAAGACCAUGCAGGGAGAGAAGGAUGAACUGUUGAAUGCGUUGCUGAGAUUGCCAGUGAACGAGUUCGCUUCCGAAGAGUCUAGAAACAUCGUAGCUGGCAUCAAUCAGCUGAGCGUGGCUCCCAAAGCGACCGCCAGGUCCAGGAGCGCCACUGUAAGCUCGAGAAGUACCACCAGCCCCAGAAUUGUUACUGCUAGCCCCAGAAGUGUCACCACCAGCCCGAUGGCCACCGAGCCUGUUGUCACCACCUACAGAAGCAGAAAGAGCCGGAAGUUCAGGACGACCACAGAGAACUCGGCGAAUCUGAUUCGGCGAUCGGAGAAACUCCCGACCUCGGAAGCUAUUAAUUCGCUCCAGGAGGAUCAGACCUCUGCAUCCGACAGCAGGGCGCUGGAACUUCUCAGAUCUUUGUACACGAUAGCUACGAAAUGGGGGUGAAAUUAUGGGGGUUGAGCAGGAAGUUCGGGGAAAGGUUCGUAUCGACCAGAUUUGAAAAUCAAUCCCUUUAGGGUGUCCUCACGAACUAAGAUAAUUUGUUCAUGCUUUCUGGACGGAUCUAGACAUUGUUCGAAUAGAUUUCUUUUUUAUUAGAUCGUUCAAACGAACGUUAGAUUGUUUUUAUUUAAUUGAUCUUGUCCUAGGAAUUUCUGGUUGAGAUACGUUUUGUUACUUCACUAUCGAUUCAAUGGUAUAAAUACACUGUGGAUUUUGUUAGAUUCUCCGCAGUUAAUUAAAAAUGUUGACAAGAGAAAUUAAACAAGAAUAUCUUUCUUUAAUGCUAGAACUACUGAAAACUAAAAGCAACUGGUGUGUGUCGCUUCAUAAGAUUGAAAAGAUUAAAGUUAUAUAGAUUUUUCGCCAUUUUUACCAUAAUGUAGGCUCGAAUUAAGAAAUUUAUUCAAUAAUUUCCUGUGAAAGAGUACUUAUCAUGUCAACAGGUUUACAAUAAUAAAUGUGAAGUGUAUAGGUUCGGUGUUAAUACUCGGAGAAAUUGUUGUAUGCUACAACAUUUGUCUGAAUAUGUCAAGAUCAAUUUCAGUGGAAAGCCAUUUUGAUGUAAUUCAUUUUGUCCUGAAAAAGAAAAAUCAAUUUCUUGGUUGUCAAGAUAAUAAAUUAUUUAAAGUAGGGUGGAAUAAUUUUUUUA